AUGACUACAGAUGUCCGAAUCGCCCAAGCUAUUGGGACUAUCGGUUGCGCCGCUGCAGCAGGUGGAAUGGCAACCCUUUCAAUAAUAAGCAUCCCAAAUCUCGCCCUCCCACCACGACACCCAAGCAACAAAACCCUAACACAGGACACAACACCCGGAACAGCAGCAGCCCACAUAACACACCAAUGGCUCGACCUCUACGACCGAGGUAAAAAGAUCUUUCCAGGCCUCGCAGGGGCAGCAUCGUUAGCAAACCUAUAUGCAAUGUGGUCACUACGUGAUAGUCCGGCGCCAGCGCCUGCGAUUGUCGGAUCGAGCUGGUCGGGUAUAUAUGCCGUUGCUGUUGUUGUUACUAUGUCUAUUGCGCCGUAUACUUUUCUUGUUAUGGGCAAGACUAAUGGGCGGUUGAGGAACCAUGCUGUGCGUGGUGAUGGGAUUGAGAGUGAGGGGACUGAGGGCAUGGUUGUUGGUGCUAAGGAGGAGGCGAAGUGGGGGAAGGAGGAUGAGGAAAUCCCUGCUUUGCUUAAGAAAUGGGCGAAGUUGAAUUUGAUUCGGGCGGUUUUCCCGCUUGUUGGGGCUGGGGUUGGGUUUUAUGCUGCUGUUAAUUCUUGGGUUCUUCCGUAA